AUGGCCGCUGCCGUCGCUUCCAAGCCAGAUAUCCUGCUUUAUACCAAUCAUGGCUGUCCUUGGGCACAUCGUGCUCAUAUUGCCUUGAAUGAACUUGGCAUUGAUUUCAAGGAGGAGAUUAUUGAUCUUGAUCGACCUCGUGAUCCUUGGUAUCUCGAGAUUAAUCCUCGAGGCUUAGUCCCCAGCAUCUCAUACAACGGCACCAUUCUGACAGAAUCCGCCGUCGUCAGCCAAUUCCUUGCUGAUGCACAUGAGUCGCACCUGCUACCCGCCUCGACUGGCUCAGUUGACAAUGCGUUGUUCCGUGCUCGCGUCGCCUUCUUCGUCGACACAUACAUCACCAAGGUCCUACCCCACUUUUUCGGUAGUCUGCGUGCGCAGUCCCCCGAGGACAAACAAAAGGCCGGUGAGGAUCUGGUCGCCGCUGUCGUCAAGGAGGUCGAGCCCUUGUUCACCUGGGAUGCUUCAAAGGGAGCCUUUUUUGGUGGUCAUUCCAAGCCAACGCUGGCAGAGGUCCAAACCGGCCCUUUUAUUCUUCGUCUGUUGGCACACGCUAAACCCGAGUACGACUUGCUCAGUCCAGACCUUCUCCCACAGUUACAGCAACAAGCUCCCAAAUUUAAGGCCUGGGCUGAUGCCGUGGUACAAUUGCCCAGCGUGACUUCUAUCUUCGAUGAGAAAAAGGUCGCUGAGAGGACUAAAGCCAGUAUCUGGAAUCGAGAAAUUACGUCUGAUGUCGAUUGUGAUGAGAUAUCCAUCCGCAUUCUGGUUCAAGUCAAGUCCUUGCUGUUCUAUGUUACAUUUGCUUUUGAUCUUGUUGUGCCUCUUCUAUGUUACUUUUGA